GUGAUUGGUCACUUUCAAAGGUUGACCAUUUAAAAAGCUAUUGUCGCUGGUCACCCAUGACUACCCGAUGGGCGGAACGAAUAUGAUCUUGAGAAGUACGCAUGCUCUUUAGGGCGGGAAGAAAGGUAACGUCGACGAAUGAAAAGUUUCCUAGAAGAGGAGAAAUGUAAUAAUCGUAGAACACGUGAUAUUAGAAAAGCUCUAUCAUAACCGACCUGUUAACUCGAAAACUGUUUUACUACAUUGGAGGAGUAUCUUGAGUGCCUUACCUAAUAACUUGUGUGAUAGUCCUCUUUAAAAUGUCAAUUCGCGUUAAAUCUUAACGUUCCAUUGAAAUUUUUUCGAUGAUUGACACAAUGACACGUCAAUCGAAAAAGGAAAGAUAAGAAAAAGAAAAGAAAAAAAAAAGAUAAUCAUAAUUAUCGCAAGACAAAUCAAUCGAACAAAUGAGAGAUCAUUUUUAACGAUGAUCCUUUUGUUGUGAAUAUACAAAAAAAAACAAAAAAAAAAAAAAGAAAACAAGAAAAUGUUAGAUUUGCGACGAAUUAAAUAUUAUGUAAUCUAUCGUCUUGAUAUAAUGAUGUUUUGAAGAAAGAAGAAAAAAAAGAAAGGACGACAUACGUAAUAUAAUUGAUUUGUGCAACGUACGAUAUUAUUGAGUUUUUUUUACGUCGAUUGUUUUUCUAAAAAAGGGAAAAGAAAAUGUGAAGAAAAGAAAAAGAAAAAAAGAAAGAACAAUACGUUCGAAGAAAAGAAAAAAUAAAUCAAUCGACGUGGCUCGCGUAACUCGUUUUUUUUUUUUUUUUUUAAGACACCAUCAUGAAUGUAAAUCAAGAAAAAGAGGAAGAAUCUUCUAAGAUCGAUCAAAGUAAUUAUGUCGUAGUGAUCGCGCAUUGAAACGUUUUGAAUGUAUUCUCUAAAAAAAAAAUGGCCUCUCAUAUACAUACGCAAACAAUUUGUUCUGAAAACACAAUGACUGGAGCAGUUUCUACGUUACAAUUACUGAGAAGUUAUAGAUUUCUUGCUCCGAAUUCAGAUAUAUAUAGAUACGAGCCGUAUACCUCUACUCAACAUUGUAAAUUUAACGAAACAAAUAUAUUGUCCAAUUCAACGUCAAUAGAAUCGUCAUUGACGCCAUCGUUGACGACAACUGCUUCUCUUUCUGGAACAUUGCCAAUUCCUAGUGGUUUUCUAGUGCAAUCUCCUUUUUUCACAACUAUGACACCGUUAAUGCCAUCGUUAAAUAUACCUCGACGAUAUUCGGAUCUAAUAGAUUCCGAUACGAUUAUGAAUCGACAGUUUAUCAACGAUAAUAAUACACAGAGUAUCAUUAGACGACCUAGAAGCGAGAAAAAGCCUAUUCCGGAUGAUCAAAAAGAUGAAAAGUAUUACGAAAGGCGUAAACGUAAUAAUCAGGCCGCAAAGAAAUCUCGAGACGCACGAAAAAUUCGUGAAGAUCAUAUCGCUUUAAAGGCAACAAUGUUAGAACACGAAAAUGCUAUUUUACGAGCGCAGGUGGUGACCCUUCGAGAGGAAGCUCAAUCGCUUCGACAUAUGUUGCUAAAGCAGCAACAAGCAACUAGGACACAGUCCAUCGAACGUUCUGUAUCUUCAUUGACGUCAGUAACACGAUCAUCGAUGCGAUCUCUCUCUACAUUGGAUUGCGAACUAUAAAAGGGGAAAAAGGUCUUUAAUUGAUUAAAUAAAGACAAACUAACUACUUCCACCAUAAUUUCUAAUCUCCCACCGAUCUCCCAAGAUUCUUUGUAAAUUAAUUAAGAUAACAGAACGGAAGAGAAUGAAUUAUAAUAAUAAUAUAACAUGCGUAACAUGCUAAUAUGCGUAAUAUACGUGAAUAAAAUGUUCGUUCGUUCUCCAAGAUCUGAAGUAAAAAGAAAAAAGAAAAAAAAAGAAAAGAAAAGAAAAGAAAAGAAAAAAAAUGAAACGGAAGAAAAAGGAUAAAACAUUUCAAUUUAUGAUUACAAAAAUGUAUCCAGGUAUAUAAACAAGACAAUUUUUUUUUAUCGUAUCACAUUAUCAAUGUAACUUUGUGAUUGUUACAAAAACGAAACGUACAUUUUUUUUGUUCUCGUGUUAAAUAUUUUUUAUU